AUGGGAGAUUUGUUGAAUAACUCAAACGCAAUUCAAUCUCACAUCGAGUCUCUACUAGAACUUGAAGAGAACAAAAGCAAAAAGCUCCAAGCAGAGAAAGACGAAUUAACUAAAAAAUUUUCAAGUUCGAAAGGAGAAGUCAAGUUAAUGGAUUCAAUAUUUAUCACAAGCAGUCUAAUCCCUGGUAAGAAGGUUUUCUUAAAACUUAACGGCUCGAAUUUGAGCCUUUUACAAGGAAAAAUGAAGUCGGUAUUCAAAUCACCAGAAAAAUGUCUUUUAAGAUUUAUAAUGACUAACGGAACCAGCGCUGUUCUCCGUAAUAAUAAUGAUUUUAACUUCAUGUCAUAUUAUUGCUCUGCAAAUCAAAUCAAUCCUGUCCAAAUCGAUAUCCUUACAGAGGAAGAACUUCGCUUCUUUACACCAACUCCAGAAUUCGACCAACCAGUAGCUACACCAACAAGAGUUGUAUUAAUCAGAACUCCUGAAAUUAACUACGGCAUUUUAAUGAACCUCCCAGAUGGCCUUGACUUUGACAAAGGAAAAGAAGAAAUUUUCAAAGUAUUUCAUCCAUGCAACUCACUCGUUUUAACUGAUUUUGAAGGAGAUGAUGUGGAAAUCUCAAGCCAAGCAAGUUGGGAAUACUUGUACGAGGAAACCUACAAGCAAACGCUUAAAGGUAAUUAUCUCAAGCUUACCUUGAAAUAA